GCCACUCGCGAUGGACCGCGCCGGGGACGAUCCGGACUCAACGCCGCAGGUAUCCACCUCCCAGGGUUCCUGACCCUGCCCCCGGAGAGCGCCCCUUCUCGGACUCCCAUCGGCUGGACUCUCCAAACCUGCUUCCACAAUGGGUAAUGAGGAGCUGUGGGUGCAGCCAGCCUUGGAGAUGCCGAAGAGACGGGACAUCCUCGCGAUCGUCCUCAUCGUUCUGCCCUGGACGCUGCUCAUCACCGUCUGGCACCAGAGCACGAUGGCACCGUUCUCGUAUGAAGGCAGUGACCCUCGGCGCGACGUGCCACCGGGUGCGGACCCCAGGGAGUACUGCAUGUCGGACCGCGACAUCGUGGAGGUGGUGCGCACUGAGUACGUGUACACGCGGCCCCCGCCCUGGUCCGACACGCUGCCCACGAUCCACGUGGUGACACCCACCUACAGCCGCCCGGUGCAGAAGGCCGAGCUGACACGCAUGGCCAACACGCUGCUGCACGUGCCCAACCUGCACUGGCUGGUGGUGGAGGACGCGCCGCGCCGGACUCCACUGACCGCGCGCCUGCUGCGCGACACCGGCCUCAACUACACGCACCUGCACGUGGAGACGCCGCGCAACUACAAGCUGCGGGGCGAUGCCCGCGACCCGCGCAUCCCGCGGGGCACCAUGCAGCGCAACCUGGCCCUGCGGUGGCUGCGCGAGACCUUUCCCCGCAACUCCAGCCAGCCCGGCGUGGUGUACUUCGCGGACGACGACAACACCUACAGCCUGGAGCUCUUUGAGGAGAUGCGCAGCACCAGGAGGGUAUCUGUGUGGCCCGUUGCCUUCGUGGGCGGCCUGCGCUAUGAGGCCCCACGGGUGAACAGCGCGGGGAAGGUGGUCGGCUGGAAGACGGUGUUCGACCCCCACCGCCCGUUUGCAAUAGACAUGGCUGGAUUUGCAGUCAACCUGAGGCUUAUCCUCCAGCGGAACCAGGCCUACUUCAAGCUGCGCGGCGUGAAGGGAGGGUACCAGGAAAGCAGCCUCCUUCGAGAACUCGUCACCCUCAACGACCUGGAGCCCAAGGCAGCCAACUGCACCAAGAUCCUGGUCUGGCACACACGGACAGAGAAGCCAGUGCUGGUGAAUGAGGGAAAGAAGGGCUUCACAGACCCCUCGGUAGAGAUCUGAGCCCGGGACACAGCUGGCACAACUGAGACCUUUUGCACUGGACCCCUGGGAAGGCAUCGCCUUCCAAACACCUCACAGCAGCUUGGCAGUGCUUUUGGUAUUCUGGCCGUGGUGCCCACGCCACCGCAUGGGACUGCUGUCAUGACCCC